AUGUCCUCAAGCAUCAUCCCAAAGGACUUCAACGUCGGAGGGAUACGCGCACACGUCUACGCGCGUCCCGGCGUACUCCCAUCUCCCGGCGAUGCACCUGUGGCGCCCGGAACCCUUCCUGUCUCAGUUCUCUUCGCGCUGCAUGGGCGAUUGGGCGAUUCGAACAACGAUUACAUUGUGGCGACUGCGAACGAAGCUUUGGAGUAUGUCAGCGCGCAGGAGAAGGAGACGGGAGAGUUGGGCCGUGAGCUGAUCGUAGUGAGCUUCGAUCAUCGCAAUCAUGGCGAGCGUAUGGUAGACGCGCUUGGGAAUGAGGGCUGGAGCAAGAAGUCGACGGAGAAGCACAAUGAACGGCACGCAGUGGACAUGUAUGCUAUACAGACCGGUACCGCGAAGGACGUAUCAUUCCUCAUCGACUUCCUACCCGCCUAUCUCUUCCCAAACGACGAACGCACGAUCACGACCUGGGGCAUGCUUGGUGUCUCUCUAGGCGGACACGCUACGUGGAUAACGCUCAAGAACGAACCGCGGCUAACGGUUGGCAUACCCGUCAUCGGAUGCCCAGACUACCUCACUCUACUGGAACUGCGUGCAGACAAACACGGUCUUCCACUCGCCCCUCCAUACAUGCCGUCUUCUCUGCGCGCCCACAUCCAAGCGCACGACCCGAUCACCGCAGACUACACAUCAACGAGCGCGUCCAACCCGUUCGGUGGGAAGCGCAUCCUGGUGUUGAGCGGUGCCGCCGAUCCGCUGGUACAAUGGACAGCCUCGUCUGCCUUUGUGGAAGAGCUGCAAGUUGGGACGAGCGGACGGAAAGAGGUGAAGGUGCUGGAAGGCGUGAAGCAUGAGUAUACGCCUGGGAUGCGGGAGACGGCUAUCCGCUUUAUCUGGGAAGAGAUGGUGCGCGCAUGA